AUGCAACUUGUAAAGGAGUUUUCUAAGCUUAUGCAGGAUGAGUUUGAGACGAGUCUCAUGGGGGAGUUGAAUUACUUCCCUGGGCUUCAAAUCAAGCAACUCAAUAAAGGGACAUUCGUGUGUCAAACCAAAUAUUGCAAUGAAUUACUAAAGAGAUUUGGUAUGGAAGAUGCAAAAUCAAUUAAGACUCAAAUGCCCACAAAUGAAAACUCGGAAAGGAAUGAAAAUGGUAAGGAUGUUGAUGUCAAGAAGUAUAAGGGUAUGAUUUACUCUCUUUUAUAUCUUACUGCAUCUAGGCCGAACAUUAAGUUUAGCGUGUGUAUGUGCUCUUAUUAUCAAUCGGCUCAUAAGCAAUCACAUUUAAAAGCUGUGAAAUACAUUCUUAAAUAUCUUCAUGGUACUUCUAAGUAUGGGAUUUGGUAUUCCAAGGGAAGCGAUUAUAAUUUGGUUGGUUAUACCGAUUCCAAUUUUGCCGGUUGCAAAUUGGAUAAGAAGAGUAUUAUUGGAACUUGCCACAUGUUUUCAAAGUCCUUAGUAAGUUGGCAUAGAAAGAAACAUGUUUCCGUUGCUUUGUCAACUGCCAAGGCGAAAUACGUAGCAGCCGGUAGUUGUUGUGCUUAA